GACAGACUGAAGGAGAAGCAGCAGUUUGUUUCCUCUGAAGGUGAAGCCGCAUCGUCUCUUAAGUUCAACCUGCAGGUGAGUUCAGACAGAGCAUCAGACGGAUCCACAUCAGCAGUUUCAGCAGAAAUCUGACAAUGAAGCUGGUAUCAGUCGUCUUCCUCCUCCUGGCUCCUCUGUUGACCAGCUGCCAGCAUUUCUUCCAACCGGUGGACUGCAGUGACAUCUACAAACAAGACAAGAGCCUCCCCAGUGGAGUGUACACCAUCUAUCCCUCUGGAGAGAGGUCUGCUGUCCAGGUGUACUGUGACAUGAAGACAGAAGGAGGUCGCUGGACGGUGUUCCAGAGGAGGAUGGACGGCACCGUGAACUUCUAUAGGGGCUGGGAUCAGUACAUGCUGGGCUUUGGUAGCGCUGCUGGAGAGCACUGGCUCGGUCUUGAGAACAUCUACCAACUGACUAAGCACAGAAAAUAUGAGCUGCUGGUCGACAUGGAGGACUUUGAGGGGAAAAAAGUGUUUGCUCGCUACUCUUCGUUCUCCAUCGCUUCAGAGUGUCACGGAUAUAAACUGAGUGUAUCUGGAUUCAUCAAUGGAGGGGCGGGAGACUCCUUGACUUAUCACAACGGAAUGAAGUUCUCCACCUUUGACAAAGACCAGGACUCCUCUACUGGCAACUGUGCCAGAUCAUACCUGGGGGCGUUCUGGUACAACAACUGUCACUAUACAAACCCCAACGGGGUUUAUCGCUGGGGGGCUGACAGCACUCUCUCUAUUGUUGGAGUGGAGUGGUACCAUUGGAAGGGUUAUAACUACUCCCUGAAGACCUUCAGCAUGAAGAUCCGUCCUGUGCAGUAGUUCUCCAGGACCAACGUACAGCAGAAUAUCAGCAGCUGAUCUCUCUCCUGAUUUCUUUCUCUUUCUCUCAUUAAACAUGUAAUCUCACAACGGGCCUUAUUUUCUUGUAACUGGGCACGAGCACAAUCCACCAGCAGCAGAACACCAACUCAGAUUAGUCCUUUUUGUUACCAUCUGAUUCUCAAAGCGGUCGCAGCUCAGCGCAACUUGGAAGAGAGGCUGAAUAAAUGAUUAGUAUGAGGAGCACAGAAUCAGCAGGUGGAGCUUCAGUAACGACCAAUCACAUGAGCUCCUCUCAUCCUUUUUAAAAGCAGCAGACAGACCAAGUGGACCAGGACGAGUCAGGCCGAGGCAACUAUGAGAAAUAAAGAAGGCUCCGAACACAAAUGUGGAACAUCCCAAAUAUUAAUAUAAGUUAGCAACACAUCAGGAUUUCAGGCCAGUUUGAGAAGUAAAAUGUCACUGCACCACCUAACCUGCUCCAACAGCCUCAGCUGCACCACUCCACCUUCCACCAGUGGAAAGUCAGCUGGCUGCAGUUGGGCUGCUGCUGGAUUUGUGCCAGCAGGAAAGUAGGGCCCAGAAUCUUGAAAUAGAAACAGAUAUUUAGAGUCUGAUAGUGUGAAGAGCUGAUAAUGACAGGUUUGAAACCCUUGUGUGAAUCAUUAUCUGCUGUACGCUGACAAUAAAUAAGAAGCUGAGCAUUGA